AGUUGGUUGACUUUUAAACUGUCGGCAGACUGAGGCUGAGCAUCUUAUCUUCGUCUUCGACAAGGUUAACCAUAUAUUGAGAAUUAGGAUUUGUGUCCAAUGUAGAUUUUAAGAAAAAGUUGCCAUGUUAAGAUCCACAUCUAAGGAGCAUGUAUCCUCCAAAUAUCUCAGAUAUGGAGGGGUUUCAAAGCGUCCCUCUAAAGAAGAUAUUCGAACAUCAUCUUCAAGUCUCAAUUCUGAUGCCAAGUUAUCAUUGGUAGCAGCAUUUGAUGAUUUAGCAAGAGAUGCCAGAGUUCUUAAAGAAAGCUGUGAAUUAGAAUUUAAAGUUUUUGUUCAUGGACAAGAAGAUUGUAGAAGAAAAUGGAUGGUAGCUGAACAGAAUGUUGAUGUUUUACAGGAGAAAGUUGAACAACUAUCAUCAGAGAACAGUAAAUUACAUACUAGACUAAAACAUGCUAAAACACAGAUUGACUAUGAAAUGCAGAGACGUAAACAAGUGGAGUUGGAGAAAGAAGCAGUGGAAAGACAGAUAGCUCUGAUACGAGAAAUGUUAAAUAAUAAAAAUGGUGGUAAUAGUAUCAUGUUAAAUGAACAAGAUAGAGAAAGACUUGCCUUUCUUAGUAUGACACAACAGACAUCUCGACAUGAAUCACCAAAGAAAAUGCAAGCUAUAUUGGAAUCCUCGGCCUCCAUCCUGUCAGAUAUCAGCUACGAUAAAACAGAAGAUGAUUUAGAAGCCUCACAUCUACGUAGUGGUAGAAAAUGGAAACGUCCAUCUGCUCCACCAGUAGAAGACGAAUAUGAUCAUCAUAAUACAACUCCACCUAAACGUCAAUGUUUGGGCACAGGAGAGGAUCCUAAUGGUUCGAUAGUAACCACAACUACAAUAGCUGUAGAUCAACAUGGUCAACCCAUGUAUGCUGAAACAGAAGUUAGAGUUCCUAAAUUAAACAAAAGUUUCAGUGAACCAGCACUUGAUAAACAUCUUCUUAAUAAACCAAGUAGAGAUAUCGACAGUGAUCCUGAGUCUGAUGAUUCUUUCUGGGGCAGUAAAACACCUGGUAAUCGUAAUAAAAAUAACAAGAGAACACCUCAGACACCAAUAAUGAGAAAAGCUAAUUCUGCUAGUAAAGGUUUAAACAGAGUUCAUGUUUUUAUAUCAAAAACAGUCAUCAAACCAGAAUCUUGUGUACCAUGUGGAAAGAGAAUCCGAUUUGGUAAGCUUGGAAUGAAAUGCAAAGAUUGUCGAUCAAUGUGUCAUCCUGAAUGUAAAGAUAAACUACCAUUACCAUGUUUCCCAUCAUGCCCUAGCACACCAGGAACAUCAAAAACACAAGGAGGUCUUAUAUCAGACUAUACAUCAGUUGAACCACCCAUGUUACCAGCCCUUAUUGUACAUUGUGUCAAUGAGUUGGAAUCAAGAGGAUUAAAUGAAGUUGGGAUUUAUCGUGUACCUGGCUCUGAUAGAGAAGUAAAAGAUUUGAAAGAGAAGUUUUUACGUGGAAAGGGUAUCCCUAACUUGUCUCAUAUAACAGAUAUACAUGCCAUUUGUGGUUGUAUCAAAGAUUUCUUGAGACAUUUAAAAGAACCGUUGGUGACGUAUGCUUUGUGGAAUGAUUUCGUUCAUGCUGCAGAGAGACCUGAUUUAAGAUCUAAGUUAGAUGGGUUAUAUGAUUGUAUUGAUAGAUUACCACAACCUAAUCGGGAUACCAUGGCUUUCCUUAUUAUACAUUUACUAAGAGUUUCCCAAACACCUGAGUGUAAAAUGCCAUCCAGUAAUUUAUCUAAAGUUUUCGGUCCAACUGUGGUAGGAUACUCUUGUGCUGAACCAGAACCAAUGCAGAUGAUUAAUGAAACCAGACGACAAAAUAUGGUAAUGGAGUAUUUAUUAGAGAUACCACAUGAAUAUUGGCAGAGGUUUAUGGAUGUUGAGAAUUCUUUCUUGUAUCCUACAGAAUGUACACCAGGUACUCCUACGCCAGUUAAAGGAGCUUUGAGAAGUCGUCUUGGACCGAUUUUAACGCCAGGAUCUUAUGAAGAAUACCAGAAAAGUCGAGUUUUGACUCAAACUCAGACUACACCAAGGUUUGGUGACAAGAGCAAGACAAUAAGCAGGAAGCCAAAUCAUUUCUUCAAUUCACCAUUUGUUAACUAGAUAACUGAGUCUAUUACUGGACAACACUGACUAAACCAUAGCUUGUACAUAGUGUAUAGUAUAAUUAUUAAGGAUAUAUAUGUUUUUGUACAUAGACUUUUAUAUAUCAGUGCUCUUAGAUCAAUUUCAUGUCCUUGUAAUUGAUACCCGGUAAUUGAAAACUUUGAUUAUACGUCGGAAUUACGUGAAUUGAUGGAAAUCAAUACAGGUCCAUCCAUUGGCUUAAAACUAUGCAGACAAAACCAGCUGUUAAAAAAUUGUGAUUGUGAAAAUGGUGUAACUAGCACAAAAGAAUCCAGUUCAACCUGUGUUAAUGGCACAAGUUGCCCAUAAGAAUGAAGUUAGACCAACUAAUGUAUUAUUGUGUUAAAUAUCAUUAAACUAGUACCAUACUACCAGUAUCAGUGAUAAUUCAUACAGCAGUUUAAAUUAAUAAGAUACAAUAAUACAUUGGUGUCGUUUAAUGUGAUGUGUUAGUUAAAGAUAAGUUAACUAAUGCCUAAUACAAUCCUUUCUGUUAAUAAAGUUCAUAUAAGAUAUAUGCCUCUGUUAUGAUUAAUAAUUAUGACAUAAAAUAUCUGUGACUGUACGCAUCAUUACAGCAGGUUAAAUUAAGAUUCAAUAAUACAUUGGUGUAGUUUAAUGUGAUAUGUUAAAGAUAAAGUUAAUUAAUGCCUAAUACAAUCCUUUCAUUUAAUAAAGUUUGAGAGUUCAUAUAAGAUAUGCCUCUGUUAUGAUUAAUAAUUAUGACUUAAAAUAUUUGUGCCUGAUAAAAUCAUUAUUAUGCGUUCAAUAGUCACCAGGCAGAAGUAGGUUGUGUCACUGUCAAUUAUAUGAGUUAAUAUAAUUUGAAUAGAAAGAUACAAUAAAUAUCUGAAUAUGUAUAAACAUUGAUAUCACAUCAAGGCAUAUAUUAUAACUAUGCAGUAAUUAAACCCAAUAAAGAUAUAUUAUUCAUAGCUGGUAGGAUACUGGUAUAUACUCAUUUCACUGCCAGACAUUGGUUGUGUUCUAUUUGUAAAUAUUAUUAGGUAGAAAAUUUAUUUUGAUCUUUCAGUCACUUAUUACCAUUAAUUUGGCUUAUUUCACAUCUUGUGUAUACCAAUAUAGUUUUAUUUGUUCUAUUGCCUGUAUAAUACUAUAGAACUUGUGUAUACAAGUUUAAAGUAUUUAAUUAUCAUAAUGGUAUUUAUUAGGUUAUGGUGAUUAAUACUCUACCGUGGGAUCAAACUUGUAUACUAGGCUUUUACUAUAAUGUGGGUACCUUGUCUGUAUUAAAGUUAUUGUGUAUAAUAUUUCACUAUUAUAUAGUGACUGACGACCUUAUCAACAUUAUAGUAAAACUCCAGUGUAGUAAAGCUCACCUUUACAUAUAUCCUUCUAUAUGCUGCAUUUUCAUUAUUCAUUUAUAUAAAUAAAGGAACAAAUUAUUUAAUAUUUACAUUGAAUUUUAGGCUGGGAAAUUUUCUAAUGUGAGUUAUGAAGGGCUGUACUUUAAGGUUCUAGAUUUUGUUCUUGAUAUAUAUAAUCAUGUUCUAUUUUACACUAGUAGCCCCUGACCAUAAAUCCUUCAUCACAUUCUCUUCAGUCAUUCUGUUUAUUUAGAUUAUUAGUUUUUCUUCUCUUGCAUUUAGUUUUUCAUUAUUUCAAAUUUUUAGUUUUUAUAUAUUUCAUCAACUUCCAUCUAUUUUUUUAUAAUAAACUUUUUA